AAGGAGAGAGUAGAGAGAAAAAGAGAUGGUUGAUUUUUCUGUGUUGCCUGAGGAUUGUGUAACAAAGGUGUUGUCGUUCACGACUCCUCGCGAUGUGUGCAGACUUACUCUGGUGGCCUCCACCGUCAUGUACACUGCUGAUUCCGACCCCGUUUGGGAGACAUUUCUGCCUGAGGACUAUCACGAUAUUGUUUCUCAAUUUCAACUGGUUUUCUCGUCAAAGAAAGAGCUCUAUUUUCAACUCUGUAACCGUCCUCUCCUAAUCGAUGGAGGGACUAAGAGCUUCUGGUUGGAGAAAUGGAGUGGAAAGAAAUGUUACAUGUUAGCGGCAAGAGAUCUCUACAUCAUAUGGGGUGAUACACCAUUGUACUGGAGGUGGGAUAGUUCUUCGCGAGCGCGAGAGUCCAGGUUUAGAGAGGUGGCCGAGCUUGUGAGCGUGUGUUGGCUCGAAAUCCGUGGCAAGAUAGACACUUGCAUGCUGUCUCCGGACACAACCUAUGCAGCUUACCUAGUGUUCAAGUCGACAUCGGCCAUGUACGGAUUUGAAUACCAGCCAGUGGAGGGUUGGGUAGCCGUUGGCGGGAAUAAGAGCGAAACAAGAACGGUGUAUUUGGAUCCUGCCCCGGAGGAGAGGCAGCAAUUCCAUAUUGUACUGAGGCAAGCUGGGAUGCUCCGGUAUCCUACUACUGGUAUGGUGGGACGACAAGCUUCCCCGCCUAGGGAAAACCCGCCGUGUAGGGAAAGCAAUGCUCAGUAUCCGAAGGAAAGAGGAGAUGGGUGGUUUGAGAUUGAAUUCGGUGAGCUUUAUAACAAGAGUGGAGAAGAUGGGGAACUUGAACUGUGUUUGCAGGAGGUGAAGAGUGGCAGCUGGAAGAGUGGCCUGAUUCUCGAAGGGAUCGAGAUUAGGCCGAAAGAAGGUAAUUAAAGAGUUUGAAGACAGAUCUAUUUUAAACCGAAGUAUGUGCAUUUCUCGAGCAUUUUAAUGGAACUGCAGCUUAGGUCGGUAACAUCUUGCAUAUGAGGUGUUUGCCGCCGUUUUUCCCCGUUGAUGGAGUUUGUCUUUCCAGUAGAGUCUUGAGUUAUGUUUAAGCUUUAUUAGGAGUUUUUUCUUUUCAAGUGCAAGUGAUAUGAGUGUUGUACCUAUUUAACUGUGUAAUGUUGGUGUUAUGUUAGUGGACUCUUGUUUCUAUAAAUAAAAUAAGAUUCUUUUUUUUGUCGUAAUAAA